AUGGCGUCCAAAGAUGGAAUUCAGGAAGUGACAACUUCUCAAACAGUUGAAAAUUCAAGCGAAUUUGAAACGUUAUCCAAAAUUCAAUUUAUGGACCCAGAAAAACCUAGUCGCGCCGCUAAACAGGAAACAGGACCUGUUGCCUCUGUUACUGAGUUUGUUACACACGAAGUAUCAGCUAACGAGAAAACUAAAAGUGAUGCACAUCAAAAGCAUGUUGAUAUUGAUGAACAUUUGCUUUCACCAGAAGAGGUCGCUGAGCGUUAUCACAUGGAUAUAAAUACCGUUAAACCAUCAGAGUCUUAUGGUUUAAGUGAGAACCAUGCUCAUGAUCUAUUGAAUAAAAAUGGGCCAAACAUUUUGACACCUCCAAAAAAGAAACAUCCUAUCAUUUAUCUUGGAGCUGUUUUAAUAGGUGUUGCUUUUUUGAAUGCCUUCAUUGAAUUCUAUCAACUACAAAAAUCUGCUGCAAUCCUUGAGUCAUUUUUAAGUUUGAUCCCACAAAAAUGUCACGUUAUUAGAGAAGGGAAGCUCUUACAAGUUGAGGCCUCUACCCUUGUUCAAGGUGACAUUGUUUUAGUAAGAAUGGGAGACAAAGUUCCUGCUGAUUUGUUCAUUUUUGCAGCUACAGACAUGAAAGUAGACAACUCUUCGCUGACGGGUGAAUCAGAACCGCAGGAACGUAGCAAGGUAAAUACACAUAAGAGUCCACUUGAAGCCAGUAAUUUGUGUUUCUAUGGUACUCUAGUUGUAUCGGGAGAAGGUUAUGGAAUUGUCAUUCGUACUGGUGACCAUACUGUAUUGGGUCAAAUUGCUGGUCUAACCGCCUCCGAAAAAAAAAAACAAAUCUCCGGUUUGCCGGCCACUGUCACUGUACUUUUAACCAUCGCCGCUAAAAGAAUGGCAGCACAAAAUGUACUUGUUAAAGAUCUCCAGGGUGUGGAAACUCUUGGUGCAAUUACUCUUUUGGCCACUGACAAAACUGGCACACUAACUCGUAAUCAAAUGACAGUGACAUACAUUUGGGCUUCGCUAAAUUUAUAUAGUGCAUUUCGAAAUACACAAAAUGAGAACGAUCUUUUUGACUUAAAUGCACCUGGCAUUCAAGAAAUUGUUCAUAGUUCUUUACUUUGUUCUCGUGUAAAAUUUGAUCGUGUUGAUGUUCCAAUUGCAGAGCGUCAAAUUCUCGGAGACGCUACAGAAACUGGGCUAGUUCGUUUUGCAGCCAGUCAGGUUGACAAUUUUGAUGACAUCAACAAUGCAUAUCCAAAAGUUUUUGAAAUACCUUUUAAUUCAGAUACUAAGUGGGCACUCACGAUUCAUAAAAAAAAACAUGAUAGGGGUUAUUUAACUUUAUAUAUCAAGGGUGCACCUGAGCGCGUUCUCAAGCUUUGUUCAACUAUUUUAUCCGAAACAGGAGUAAUUUUUUUAACUUCCGAACACAGACAAAGAUAUGACGAAAUAUAUGAAUUUAUGGCUUCAAAAGGACAUCGCGUAUUGGCCUUUGCACAAUUAUUGCUACCUGGUGAUGAGUAUCCCGAGGACUAUGUGUUUAAUAAAGAAGAUAAAAAUUAUCCACUUAAUAAUUUAUGUUUUGUCGGAUUGGUUUCCCUUGAAGAUCCUCCAAAACAUGGUGUUCGCGAGGCUAUUGGUCGGUGCCGCACUGCCGGUAUUCGCGUUAUUAUGGUAACGGGAGAUCAUCCAUUAACCGCUGAAGCUAUAGGACGCAAAAUAAAUUUGAUGCUUAAAGAUACCAAAGCUCUUGUUGCCAAAAAAACAGGUCGUCCUAUUGAAAGUAUUACAAAUGAAGAAUAUAAUGCAAUUGUUGUUCAUGGCGAACGAAUUGAUUCUCUAAGUGAUGCGGAUUGGGAUAAUAUAUUUUCUAAAAAUGAAAUUAUUUUUGCCCGUACAUCUCCCCGCCACAAGCUUGAAAUCGUAAAAAGAGCUCAAUCAAUGGGUCAUAUUGUUGGAGUUACUGGUGAUGGUGUUAAUGACUCACCAGCUUUAAAAAAGGCAGACUUAGGUAUUGCAAUGAAUAAAUCAGGAUCAGAUGUAUCCAAGGAGGCAGCUGCUAUGAUUUUGUUGGAUGAUAAUUUUGCUUCAACAGUAAAAGGAAUCGAAGAAGGACGUCUCAUUUUCAUCAACCUCAAGAAAUCAAUUCAAUACACUAUUUCACAUACGGCACCAGAGGUUAUAGUAUCUCUACUUUUCGUUAUUGUCCCUAUUCCGUUACCUUUAACUCCAAUCCUCGUUCUGUUGGUGGAUUUGGGUUUUGAACUACUCAUCGCAUUAACAUUUGCUUGGGAUAAACCGGAAAGCAAAAAUAAACUUAUGAAACUACUACCUCGAAAGCCUGUAACACCAACUUCAAUCAAAAUGGCCCGUCUCCGUGCACUUCGCCGCACUCCGACUAUUACCGAUCCUGAAAGUGGUCAACCAGUAAUUUAUUCUAAAAUGUCUCAAUUUUUCCGAAACCUAAAAAAACCUUUUACUCGUACAUGGUGGUCAGAAUUAUUUGAGAAAUCUAAUGGAGAAGUAUUAGUCGAUGGUAAUUUAUUGAGCUGGGCUUACUUAGAAAUUGGUAUUAUAGAAGCUUUGGGCUGUGUUGUUUCAUAUUUUGUUGUUUUUUAUGAUCAUGGGCUUACGCCGUAUGACGUACGAUAUAUGCAACAAGAGUCAUCUCAAUUUAAUUAUUUUACUUCCAAUGCUCAAAAGUAUACAUCUAGUAUUGGAUAUGAAUUAGAUGCUGAAAAACAAAUGGAAGCACUGAAUCAAGCAGUAUCCAUUUGCUAUCUUGCAAUUCUGAUUCAACAAAUGUUUAAUUUAUUCGCUUGUAAAUCCCGUUAUCGUCUUCCAUUUGGCAAAUUCAUGUUUUCAAACCCUCGUAACUUUAUCGGUUUAACUCUUGGUUUUAUUUUGACUAUGCUUAUUGUUUAUGUACCGCCGUUGAACCGUGCAUUUAAGACGAGUUACAAACUAAGCCCCAAAUAUUGGUUUAUUCCUGUUGCUUUUGGUGUAUUUAUUUUAUUAUACGUUUCUGCUCGAACAGCUAUUAAAAGAAGAGCACAUCCUCUUCCUAUUCAGGAUAUGCCGGAGUUGCAGAUGUAUCCAACCAUAAUGUCAGUAGAACGAAAGGUAUAA